AUGCCGCAGCAAAUGACAUUCAAUUUUCCGCGAGACCGCAGCUGUGAUUGGCUCGAGCUUCAGCUCUGUCAGCCCCACGCCAGGACAGCUGCGGGAUCGCGGCUGAAUGAUGGAGCACCAGGGGCUCAAGAAGCGCCCGCAGAAAAGAAAAUCCUGGAUCUCCAAGUCUCAAAGUACACGAUGAUCUCGGCGCCUAAGCAGGAAAGUGGCCCCGCGUCCGUAAAGGAGAUCUGGGAGAAGACCAUCGUUCGCUUCCAGGAGCGCACGGGCCAAAAGCUCGAUGGUGUCUCCAGGGGACCUGAGGAUCUGCGAAGGCUCCUCGACGCGCAUUAUGCCGCACAAGCGGACGAUGAGAGUGUUUCGAAGGCUAAAGCGGUGGGGUUCCAAAUGAUACACUGUAUCCAGCUCCUGGGUGGUAUUGCGUCGCAGGGUGCGUCCAUGGUUUUCGCCCCGGCAGGACUGUGUUUCAACGCUCUUUCUUUCCUUUUGGAUAUUCCCAAAAAGGUCCAUGAGUUCCAUGGCGAGAUCGACGCCAUCUUUGCAGAGGUUGGACCGGCCCUUGCACAGUUUCGGAUAUACGAGCGGAUGGAGGAAAGCUCGGAGAUUGACGAGGCUCUGCGACUGUCCAUCUACCAGGUUAUGACGAGUUUUGUGAACCUAUGUGCCGACUGCAUUAAUAUCCAUCAUGAGGGCCGAUGGAAGAGCUUCAAGCGCAACGCCAAACGUAUCCUCUUGGACGAUGGGUCUGUGCAGAACGAGUUGGCAAACUUCAAGAAGCUCACUCAGGACCAGCUGAACAUCCAAGCGACUCUGACCCUCGAGGUGGCGGUGGAAACCGGCCAGCACGUCAGGUUUAUGAAGGCCACCACACUCGAGAUUGACACAAACACCAAGGCCAUCAAGAACGACGUAUCCGGGCUCGUGGAGGCAGAGCACAAGCGCACAUUGGAUGACAACCGGAAGCAAAUUCUGAGUACUAUAAAAACCAACCUUGGGCAGAAGGACGAGAAAAUAGCCGCGGUUCUCGGGGCCCGUGAUACGAUGUGGGAGGGCGCUGUUAAGGAUAGCGGGAAAUGGUUGAACGAAAUCGAUGCAUACAAGCAGUGGAUCGAUAGAAGCAGUGCAGCGGAUUCCCUACUCGUGCUGACUGGUGAACCCGGAACCGGCAAGUCCUUUCUUGUCUCCGCGAUUGCCCAAGAAAUCAAAUCUGCAAACUUGGCCACAAAAGUUGAGCGCAGCUUGAUUGGGUACUAUUCCUUCUCCAUGGUAGAGAACAGAGACAGAGAGGGCGACAGACAACGACCAGAGGCAGCGAUCAAGUCUAUCUGUGUCCAGCUGGCAGAGCAGGACUUAGUCUACGCGAGGCGUGUUUCUAGUGCGUGCGGCGAGCCAGGGAAGAGCGAGAAGUACUUCAGAGAUGCCAGCUGUACGGACCUCUGGGCCUCGUUGGGAAUAGGAAUGCCGAGCAAAAAUAUGACGCAUUACAUCCUACUCGACUCGGUCAGCACCCUCAGCAUGGAAGACCGUGAGCGGCUUCUGAGGGCGAUUCAACAAAGCAACCAAAGCAGGUCUAACCGCGUCCGAGUGCUUGUCAGCGGCGAGCCAGGAGCAUUCAGGGGGUUACAACAGCUCCUCUCUUCUCCGGCGAAGACUAUCGACAUUACGAAAUACAACAAGAUUGACAUCAAAGCAUUCCUUGUUGGGGAGCUGAAGCGCGCCGGUAUCUUCCAGGGAGCAGACGAGGACUCGCUGCGACGGAAAAGGAUGGUCGAGGAACGACUCUUGGCGCGAUCCAACAAUUCCUAUGCUACAAUUCAGCAAGAUCUCCGCAAGGUCGAAGAGAUCAUCGCCUCGGGCGGCACGGAGGAAGAGCUCAACCGGGUGUUGCAUGAGUCGAUCACGGAUCCACAGGUGCUAAUGCGAUCGGAAAUCGAAGGUUUGGAAGCGGUGCUCAAGCCCCGGGAGAUUGAGGAAAUCAAUGAGCUUCUGAUCUGGGCGGUGGCUGGAGAUGUAAUGAUGAUUCUGGAGGAACUGGCAGCGGCCUUGUUCCUCCGUUUCAAGACCGUCUCACUCCAGCCACUCGACAAAAAGAUCACCGGGAAAUACUCCAAGAUCUUUACCUUGGCCUACGGCGGGAGAUACCUGGCACUCAAAGAUCAUGUUCGAGACUGCGUUGUUGCCCAACGAGACAGGCCUAGACAGUCCGCGGAUGACCCGAAGAUCACGGCCACGAUCAGCAUCACCAAUGGAGAUCUCAGGCUGGUUCAGCGCUUCUUCUGGGACUUGAACCACUACUCCUUCCUAGGUGGAUUUGCGUUUGAGCCAGCAUCCGAUCAGACCAACGCAGGCCAGCGGAAGAUCCAGGUGUACGAAGCUGAUGCUCACCUCGAGAUUGUCAAAAGGGCCUUCGAUCUCUUUCUACAGCCGGUGGUCGACGAAAGGGGGAAGGCACUGGGGUGGUACCUGAUGCGCUCUAUCACAACCCAUCUCAAAGCGCUGUCGGAGGUAACUGGGUUAGACGAGCUUCAGCCCGCAGAUAAGCAAUUCAUUGGAUCGCAUGUCUACGAGAUGUUCAACGAGGGUGAUCUCAUCGAGCGGAAUUGGGAAUUCUGCUACCCGGUAGCCUGGUACCGGCAUAAUGAGGAUAUGGAGAUCUUCUGGAGGUGGCUGGAUGACCCCGUGGCGAUCGCUGGCCUAGGACCUCGGGACAAACGAUGGCUGGCAGAUUUAAAGAAAGACGGACAUCGCAACUCCAGUCUGUUGACCCCGAUCAUGACCGUGGUUGCUCGAAAUUGGCUGCAAAAAACCGAAUGGACCGCCUAUGACGCAUUUCGAUGGAUCAGCGGAUUCCUCACUUUGGGCGCAAAACCAGGGCAGGAUGAUCAAGUCGGUGUGGCUGAGGAGGUUGAUAACUCGGAGGAUGGCGACGGGCGAAUCAUCAUAAAUGACAAUGACUCCGACUUGGAAAAGGUCGCCAAAGCAGAGCAGUGGUGCAAGCAGUCCUUGAAAGUCACCGAAGCGGACUCCAUAUGGUUCAUCCGAUUAGGUGACACCUAUGCUACCCUGAGUGAGCGUGACGCUGCGACCGAGCAGUACAAGAAGGAACGACAGGCUGCCGCAAUUCUCCAAGCUCAAGACCCCGUCAACAACGAGCAGCUGCGAGAUGUGUUCAAAGCUCUCGGUGAAUGGGCGACCGAAACAGAACAUGCCUUGGAAUAUCUAAAAGAAGCCUCCAAACUGGAUGACGGAAACGUAGAAAUCCUUUAUGCGAUGCUCCAGCUGUAUGUUGCCAGCAAAGAAGAGGACGAGGCGCAGUCCAUCAUCCAGAAAGCUGUUACCAAGAGAAUCCCUGGCACGCAGUCUACCUUGUUGAUGGCUAUGCUGACAACGGCUCUGAGCCGGCAGAACGAGAGUUACAUGUUGUCCGUAUUCAAAGCAGUCUUCUCAGUCGUCUCUUCUUACCCGGAACUGUGGGCAGUCUUCCAACAUGAGAUGGAGGUGGCGAUUGCGACUGCGCGGACAGAAGGCAAGAACGAGGAGCUUGCAAUUCUGUUAUUGCAGCAGGGCAGUGCUGGGUACUAUCUCCACAAGAACUCUCCUGAGCAAUUAGCCAUCGCCGCAGGCAAUCUGCGUGAGUGUUUGGACACAAUUCGGGAGAAGGUCGCUUCGGAAGACCGAGAUCGGCUUAAUUUCAUCAAACAAAGUGCGGUGGACCGCCUCAGCAUGUUCUACCUCGACAGGGCCGUGCAAACGGACGGAGAGGAGUCAGAGGCAGACGCAGAGAGAUUACGGCAGAUUUACAAGGAUGACCCUGCUGCCCAAGGCCCCAAGUCGGCGCUUGCAUCACUAUACACGUUCAAGGGACAGAGGGAUAAGGCUCGUGACAUCUUCCGCGCUGAUAUAGUAGAGGCAUUCAACAUUCUGGUUGACGAUGAUAUCUUCAAUGAUUCAGACGGAUUCACCGCGCUUCACAACCUUCUGAACCGCACUGGAGAUUAUGAGAAUGCACUGCGAGCUGCAUUGCUGCUUCCGGAAUUGCGGUUCGAUGGCGUAGUCCUCAAGGAACUUCUUGCCGGAGAGGAGCCCUCUCUGGAAGCAGUCAGCGCAGAACUCCUCGAGUUCUAUGAAAGGGAGUGUCUGGACAAAGACGCGCACUGGAAAAAUCUUAAUAAGGUCUGGGGAGAAGCCAGCAGAUUAGCAUCCGAACCAGAUGUUGAUAGUGAGAGGGUCGCCUGCUACCAUAGGGUCGAAAAGAUUCUUGGAAAACACGAGAGAGGGAUUGACUGGGCUCUCGGUUGCAAUAACUGCAAUCGGUUCUGGGACUAUGACGAUGGCUUCCAUGCCUGCAAGUAUUGCUACAAUGUGAACCUCUGCAAUGCUUGCUGGGAUGAGCUACGAUCAGGCGACACAGGCAAGGCUUUUGUAUGCAGCAGUACACACGACUGGUACGAGUUACCGCCGUGGACGCUGGAGAAGUAUCUACAUGCGUCUAAAGGGUUAGUUGCCAUGAAGACUGACGAUGGGGGCGAGGAGUUGGUCUCUGUUUCAAAAUGGCUGGGGACGCUGUGCGCGGAAUGGGGGCUGUCCAAGGCUGACUGGAAUUUUGAGUAG